AUGAGAAGAAGUUACACAAGUUUACCACUUCCAGUAUCCAUAAGAGGCAGCGAUGGAUCCAUUAGAGGCGGACUACCGACGAGAGGUAAUGUUGGACGAAAGGUCCCUGGUUGCUCAAGGGCUAGUAAUUCAUGUUCACCGCCUGUAAUUCCUCUCUGUAGCAUCACUGAGCGAUUACAGGUGCCUGCGCGACAAGACCAGCCAACUCUGCAUCCCGAGAAGCAAGAUGGGGAACUUUGGAUUUCCAUCGACAAUGAGGUCAAAUAUGACAUUAAAAGGGCUUUUACCAAUGAUUUUGAUGGACUUUGGUGGAAUUUUGGUGAGGUUUGGCAAGAGCCGCAAGACAAAUGGUGGUCUGGUUUUGUGAUGAUAGGGUUGGGUGAGGAGCCAGCAAUAACGUACUUAGUGCGGAAGACGCACAUGAAGAUUGAUGGAAGUUUUGUUGACAAACGUGCGAAGAAGAUCAUUGAAGAAGCUGAGUCUAUUGUUCUUUCGCAGCAACUCUCCAAAUUGAUCAUGAUGAGUUUGUCAGCCAAGGGUCCAACUCACAAACACCAAUUACACCACUUAUGCGAGUGA